AUUUGGGUUAGAAAAACAUAAGCCUAAAAACGACCAAAUGGUUGCGUUAGGGACCAUACAAACAAACCCAAAAUCUUGUUCUUCCUAUCUUCAGUUUCUUGGGUUUCUUCCCACUUCCUCUCUUUCGUUCACUUCAAUUCUUCAUAUUCCCUUUCCUUUUAUCUCUAAUUCAACUUUCUUUCUCUAUAGAGUGUCAUCCUGAUUCUGAAGUAUUAAACUUCAAUGGAAAAUUGGCGACCAUUACUUUCUUUCUGGAAUCUUCUAGAAUCUUACUGAAUGAGCUCCCCAUGUCUUCACUUGAUAUUGCUAUUACACAGUCUUCCUUCCAGAAGUGUUUUGCUCAUUCAAGGCUGCACUCUUUUAUCAAAGGUACAAUACCCAAGUGUUCCUUAUCACAGCUUGAGGAUAGAUGGGCAUCAUUUCGGAUUUCCUUUAAGAAUACAGGGGACUUGAACUCCAACUGGAGUCAUUCCUAUAAGAGGUCACAUCAUAUGUUUCUGGUUAAAGCUGUUGCUACUCUUGAGCUUAGUUCUUUAACUCCAAAAUGUCUGGUCCAACGUAAAGGUGAAGAAAAGGAAAACAAUGUCGUCUUAUCAACUGAAGAACAACAGAGCUCAGUUCUUGAUAGUACAACAAGUAAAGAAUCAGAGGAAGUUGAUGAGAAAGAAAAGUUGAGACGCAUGCGUAUUUCAAAAUCAAAUAAGGGGAACACGCCGUGGAAUAAAGGCAGAAAGCAUAGUCCUGAAACUCUUCGACGUAUCAAGGAGAGGACCAAACUUGCAAUGCAGAACCCUAAGGUGAAAAUGAAGUUGUUAAAUAAUGUUGGUCAUGUACAAAGUCGUCAGACAAGGGAAAAAAUUGCAGUUGGAGUGCGAAUCGGCUGGAGAAAACGUCGUGAAAAGUUGUCGCUUCAGGAAAAUUGCCUUUUUGAUUGGCAGAACUUGAUUGCUGAAGCUGCUCGAAAAGGUAACCUAGAGGAGGAAGAGUUGCAGUGGGAAUCGUACGAGAUUAUAAACGAACGCUUGAAGCAAGAGUGGGUGGCCAGCAUUGAACAUAGGAAAACAAUGCCCGGACCCAAAGCUAGCAAGAGAGCACCCAAAUCUUUAGAACAACGGAGAAAAAUUGCCGAGGCCAUUGCUGCUAAAUGGGCGGAUCCUGAAUACCGUUCGAGGGUGUCCUCCGGGAUGGCUAAAUAUUACGAAUCAGCAGAUGGGGCUGAGAGAAAGGUGAAGAGGAAAUCAAGUAGUCGAUCACAAACCCCGAGAACUCCUAAGAAGAAGCUCAGUAGUGCAGAAAGAUUGAUUGUAAUUGAAAGGAAGGUAAAGAACCAAUCAUCGAAAUUGAAGAAAAGGACCGCUCCCAAGUACAAGGAUCCUUUGGCAAGCUCCAAACUGGAAAUGUUGAAGAACAUAAGGGCACAAAGGGUGGCAUCCGAAGCAAGUAAGAACGAAGCUGUGGAACGAGCAAAGCUCCUGAUAGCCAAAGCACGAAAGGCUGCCAAGGCCCUCGAGAUCGCUGCACUGAAAAGCCCGGUUGCUCAAGCUUCCCUCGUUGAGGCAAGAAAUCUUAUUGCUGAAGCAACUCGAUCUAUUGAAUCAAUAGUAAACGAAAAGGUUGCUUCAGGAGAGAAUCUAACAUUAGGGAAAAUUAUUCAUGCCGAGAAGGAUGAAAAUUCGAGUGUAAUAGAAUUAGAUGCUGUUAGUCAUGCUUUCCUUAAAAGGGUUAAUGGCACUUGCACUGGGAUUCAGGUUGAGAAGGCGGAAAGUCCCCAAAUUCGAUCUGAAGACGAUAAAACUCAACCGACAGAUGAUGUUGAUGAACGAGACCGUAUAGGGAUCAAUGGAAUCAGUACUGGGCACGUGAAAACAUUCGAUGGCCAAAAUCUAGAUGUCGGUCUGUAUAAGAUGCCAAUACCACAAGAUUUGGAUGUGAUUCACCAGCACCAAAGGCAAAUCGGUGGGUAUAGAUUUCCUAAAUUCGAUAUCCAGAGUUUCACAGGGAAAUCGGAAACGCGAGACCUCAUGAAUCAACAACAUUCACAUGUGCCGAAUGGUCUCGCAUCGUGCAAUCGCCUUACCAAGUUGCAAAUUCAUGAACAAAAAGUAGCUCCAGCUCCAGAAAAACUAGCAACUAAAAGAUGGGUUCAUGGAAGACUGGUUGACAUUGUAGCAGGGAAGUGAGAUGCUGUGUAUUCACAGGAAUAUUGACUAGAAAUAGGCAUUUGGAUCAUCAGGUCGAGUCUAGGUUGCUUGCUCAACAUGUUAAUUCGAUUCCAUUUUUGUGCUCGAGUUAUUAUUUAGUCGGGCUAAGUCAGAAUCAGAUUCAGAUGCUAGACAGCUAACAGAUGAAGUGAAAAUGAUACUCAUCAGCCUCUAAAUUCGUAGCACCAUUCAUGUUUUGUAUUGUAAGUAUUUCACAACUCACAAGCAUGUUUAUUUUCUAAUAAUUUUGAUAGAUAACUGCUAUUAUUGCUGCAGUAAUAUGAAAAACUAGAUCAUGGUUGUUUAUGUAAUACGUCAUUCCCUUUACAAAAUGAUUAAUUACCAUAAACUUAUAUGCAAUGUGAAAUUGUAAAUGAUAUUUAUUACAUCUGUUUUAUAAUACUUGCACUUAUUUA